UUGAAUUGCAAAUGCUUUUCCCGGCAGACAGGCGGGAUCGGGGCUGAGCUCCGUGGCUAUGGCAGCGCGGUCACCGAAACUCCGCCCGCCGCGGACUCUGCCCCAAAUAAAAACCACCAACCCGCUCCUGCCGCGCCCCAAAAUCCCCGGGACUGGCCCCAAAACCCCGCGGAUUGUCCCCAAAACCUCACGGAUUGUCCCCAAAACCAUGGCAAAGUUUCUGUCCCAGGAUCAAAUUAAUGAGUUCAAGGAGUGCUUUUCCCUGUACGACACCAAGCAGAGGGGGAAGAUCCGGGGCUCGGAGCUGCUGGCGGUGAUGCGGAGCCUGGGAACCAGCCCCACGCCCGGAGAGGUGCAGCGGCACCUGCAGCUGCACAGGAUGGACAGGAACGCAGAGUUGGACUUCUCCACCUUCCUGAACAUCAUGUACCGGCAGAUGAAGCAGGAGGAGCCCCAGGAGGAGAUCCUGAGGGCCCUGGCCAUGCUGGACAGGGAGAAGAGAGGAGUGAUCGCCGUGCCCGAGCUCCGCGCCAAGCUCACCCGGCUCGGGGAGAAGCUCUCCGAGGAGGAAGUGGAUGACCUGCUGAGGGAGGCCAAAGUUGGGCCCAAUGGAACCAUCAAAUACGAGGAAUUUGUGCGCCUCGUUUGCCUUCCCUCGGUGGAUUACUGACACCAGAGUGGAUCUGCUGGAGCAGCACCUGCAGGG